AUGCCUUCACACAAAUUCGAUUAUAUUUCUCAAUGUAUUACAUGGAAUUCAAAAGUGGUUGAUAUCUCGUUUUGGUCAAUUAUCCGAAUACCGUCAGAUUAUUUUACAACUUUCGAAGGAAAUAACAAUCACCCGAUAAACUAUAGAGUGUAUUUUGACAGUUUUGACCAUUCAAAGAUAUACCACUUUACUACGAAACAUGAAUAUAAAGUACUAUAG